AUGGGUCUGUUUAGUAGUAUUGAUAACAGCCAACAAGUUAAUGAAGACUACGUUAAGAAGAAGUUGAAUCAGCGUGAUCUUUUCUCAGAGACUUGGUUCAGCUCUCAUAAUGGAGAAACUCUACCUGGAAACCCCUUAGAGAGUCUUAGUGGGUGGCCAUUUAGUUCUUUAUAUGGUAGAGGGAUUAAUGUUGAACCCGUAAAUAUAACUUCUCCGUUUGAUUCAAGAAGCGAAGAUGAUUAUGUUCAUGGAGACCAAAUCAAGGAAGAAGGGGUCACAGGUCUCUAUAAUUAUAAGACUCCAUCGGAUACACAAUUUGCACAAUGUAUGGAUUCUCAAGGGUUAUCUGUAUGGGAUACUAAUGGUUGGUGGAGAUGUUUGUUCCCACAAAAUAUUAUUAGACAAAAUCUACCAAAUUUACAAGAAACUGAAUCUGCAAUGAUCUUAACGAAACAAAAGGUGGAGAAUGAUGUUAAUCAUAAAUUUGGUUUAUAUUUUACAGAUUAUACAAAGUACUUGGUAUGGAAAUCACAAAUGAAUAAAAUAAUUAAGGAUAAACGUGAGAAAGAAAUUGAAAAUUUAAAGAAACCACAAUUAACUAAAUCUGCAGAUCAUAAACAAGAUAAUGAAUUAGUCACAAUGACCCCUGAAAGUCUCAUGUUAAGUGAUGAUUCUGCUCUUUCUACCCCCGAGAAAGAUAAAUUGAUUAUUGGUACUUCUGAAGUGCUCAGAUCAAGCAUGUCAAGUGAAGGUUUGACUGAAGAAACUAAAGAACUAAAGACAUAUUACGAUGAUGGUUCCAUUAUACUAAAAACCGAGAAAAAGGUUACACCACAUGACGGUGGUUCACCAAGAGUGGAAACCCACGAAAGAGUCCUUAGACAAGGUAGGGACAAGUCGUCGAGUGGAUUUCCUUUCUGGUCUCGUAAAAAAUAG